UUAGGUGUGAAUCGAGAUGCACCUCCCACGUUGUCAACUAGUCAAGUCAACCACGCACACUAGCGGCCGCAACCGUUAGCUCCAGGUACCCCACGUUCGCGCAGGGACCCACAUAGCUUAAUCCGGUCUUUCUUUCACUGAUAAGGAUCAAGAUAAGGGUGGGAUGGGAGUCUGACGACAUCACGCAAAUAACAACGAUUUGUUCGAUUCACCUAAUGCAUUCAUGGCGGAUAGUAGUGUUAGGACCGAGGCAGUGCAGCCGCAGCUGAUUGAAAAUGAGAUCGCGGAGUUGAAACGGAAACUCCAAGACGCGGAGGAGAGGUUGAACGCUGUCACCAACGCAACUCCACGUGCCCUCCCAUCCCAACCAGCCGUCUCGAAUGAUGUCUACAACCCGACAACCUCCUCCCAUUUCCUCCUCCUCCUCGCCGACUCCGCCCUCCCCCUCGGCUCCUUCGCCUUUAGCUCCGGUCUUGAAUCCUACCUCUCGCACACCCGCCCCCACUCCUUCGCAACCUUCCUAACCCUCUCCCUCUCCUCCCACGCCUCCGCCACCCUCCCCUUCGUCCUCGCCGGGCACCGCCAUCCAGAACGCCUUUUGGAGCUGGAUGACGCGCUGGAUGCAGCCACCAUGUGUACCGUUGGUCGGCGCGCGAGUGUUGCGCAGGGGAGGGCGAUGUUGAGUAUUUGGGAUAGGGCGUUUAGUUCGGCGAUUCCGCCAUCCAACAAUGCCUCGGAGGGGACUCUGAAGGUCUUGAAAGGGUUCUCGGUCUUGCUGAGGUCGGCAAAUGCAAGUACGGACGACCUCCCCCCCGCCUCCGCACACCUCGCUCCCCUCUUCGGGAUCAUCGCGCGGAUCACCGGGGUUGGGGAGCGGGAGAUGGCAUACGUGUACAUGCUCUCGCACGUCAAAGCUCUGUUAUCCGCAGCGGUAAGAGCGAGUGUGUUUGGGCCGUACCAGGCGCAGAAGUCGUUGGCGAGCCAAGAGGUGCAGAGGGGGAUUGAGAGGGUGAUUAGGGGGAAUUGGGGGAGGAAGGUGGAGGAUGCGGGGCAGACGGUGCCGGUUAUGGAUUUGUGGAUUGGGAGGCAUGAGUUGUUGUAUUCGAGGAUUUUCAAUAGUUAG